AUGGUUAAGGGCUUUAGCCAACGCUUCCCUUAUUUUUCCUCUCCUCUCACUACUGCAGCCUUACGACCACAUUUCCUCCUUGUCUUUUUCUUCUGCAACGAAAGAAUAAUAAUGAGAUAUAUAUAUAUUAUAUAUAGGGAUGGAUUGGAUACAUAGACAAAAACAAAAAGAAAAAAAAGAAAAAAAAAAAAAGGGGAAAAGGGAAAGAUGGUGUUAGUAGUGGCUGAUGAGCUUUUAAGGUUUUGUUUAUUAUAGUCAAUAGUAUGUCUAAUUUUAUUGGGUUUUGGAUGAGAGAGAGAGGGAGAGGGAGAAAGGCAGAAAGGGAUGGUUUUAAUGGGGUUUCCAGAAUCAGGAUGUUGGUCAAAGAUAUGAUUCCAGUUGGUUUAGAGAGAGAGAGUUGUGAUUUAAAAAGGGAAGGGGGGUGUCUUUUGGAAUGGUUUCUGGGAUUCAAUACAGCGGCAAAAAGGAUUUGAACAUCAAGCUUCAUUUAGGUGGUCUGCUUUCUUGUCUCUGAGAGUAUAUGUAAUAUUAUCAGAGAGAUCGAUAUGGGCAAGAAGAAGCAUCAAAAAACGAAGGAGCUUUCAGUAGCAAUAGCAGAAGCAUCAUCGACAGGAGAUGAAACCCAGCAAGAGUCACAGACUCAGACCCCCAGAAAGAGAGGUAGACCUCGCAAGAUCAUUGAGAAACCCGAAAGCCAAUCUGGCAAAGAAGAAGAGCCAGAAGAGAGUCAACCCAAGCAACUUAAAACGGGCGAGGAGGAAGAACAACAAGAACAACAACAGCAGCAGCAGCAGCAGCAGCAGCUGAAGGGACAGGGUUCAAAGGAAGAGGGUCAGCCCGAGAAGAGGGAGGUGCCUCCAAGAAGCCGAGCCAGGCGAAAAAGCAAACCCAGAAAGAGCAGCUGAGCUGAGCUUUAGGUAAUAAUAUCAAUCAAAAAGAUUCUUCCUUUAAUUUUGUUCCUUCAUCUUCAUGCUGCAGCUUCCGGAUUCAUUGGUUAAUUUAUAUGCUUCUCUCUUGUUUGUAUCAAUCACUAAGAGAGAAAGGGGAUAGCUUUUGUAUUAAUCUCUGAUGCUAAUAUUGCUUAUCAAUCAUCAUGAUCA